UCCCUGGCCAACUAAAAUGUUUACAGCAUCACAGUGCCAUAAAAAAACAUGAAGAUUGUAUUCGUAUUGUAUUGUUGAGAGUAGCAUGGCAGUGCUUCGUAAUCUCACCACUUCCUGAAAGACGGCAGUUUCUGCUGACUUAACAGCGCCCACAUACAGACGAAAAGUUUAAGUUCUCAUACAUGCCCGGUGCGUUCUUUGGUUCUAACCUACAACAUUGUUUUAAAAAUGUUGUUUCUUGGUUGUCCAACAAACAAAUCCUCCUCGUAAACUUGACUCUAGAGGAAAUGGAUAAAAAGUUUCCUCAAAGCAAACGUAGUUUAAAACGCACUGGCAGUGACAGUGGAAUAUCCAAUGAUUCCAUGGAUUCACAAGCCAAACUGGUAACUGCCACCCAAGGGGCCAAAAGAGUGUGUAAACCCUUCACAUUUAAAAUUACAGUUACCGAGGACAAAACUAGAAUUGUAAAUGGCAAAGAACUGAUUGUUCCACAAGCCUCACCAUGUGUGAAUGAAAAUGAAGAUCUAUCAGUUGAUUCAGAUCAAGUUAUGACAAAUAAUCAUGAAGAUUAUGACUAUCUUGAUGAUGUAUCAGAUCACUCACUGGAUAGUAUUUUAAAUACACCAUGUUUUUCACCAAAUCCGGAGAGUGUUGCUAGUUUUGAUGAUACUGUGGAUGAUUUUUGUAGCUAUUGGGAAAGGGAUGAAAUUGACAUAUGUGUAAUAACUUCCAUGAAUAAGUGUUUUGAAGGAGCUGUCUUGCAUAAAGAGUACAUUACUAAAAUGUAUUUGCCCGGAUAUUCACCCAUUCAAAAGAUGCCAGAUAUUCCAUAUGUGCCUAAACCCCUAGAUGAUGAUCUCAUAUCUCUACAUCCAAAUGAGUCUUUUGGGCUAGACUCCAAUAAAAACUUGAAGGUCACACCGCUAAAGAAAAAAGUCCGUCUCAGUAAUCAUUUGCAAUUGUUACCUACGCAAAAUUCGCAUGAAAAUCAAGUAAAUACUCAAAAACCGAUAUCGACUCGGAUUAAUACUAAUACCAACUCCACUGUGAAUAAAUCGGCAGCUAUCUCAAAAGUCAUUCCUACAGCUCAGACGAAUCACGAUAAAGUUGCCAUGAAAACUUGCAAUGAAACCAAAGAAAAUAAUCUCCAGCUAUCGAGAUUGCCUGAUACAUCUCAGCACUUCACUCAGCCUGUAGAAAUACCUCAAAAUAUACCUUCACUACUUGAUAUUACGUUUAAAGCUCCCAGCUUAAAAGAGCGGAAACUAAAACUAUUGAAUUUACCACUUCGUAUUUGCCGUGACUUUGAACGUUGCGGAAAUAUGAAUAGUUGUACUUUUAUCCAUCAACUUAAUUCGAAUAUGUUCCACGGCUCGUACGCGGCGCAACAACAACUGUGGAAAAUCAUGAAGUGUAAAUUUUAUCCAGGCAAACUAAAUGUUAUCAAAGCAGUACUGGAACAGUUUCCUGCAGCGUUGGCAAGUGCCGGAAAUCGCGAUGUGUUGAUGUUAUUGAUUCAGGAUGCUCUGACUUUUGAAGGUCUUGUUUUUGAGCGAGAAAAAAUCGUUAAGGAAAUCAUCAAUGCAUUGCUGCAAGUGAAAGUGGGCGAUGAAUAUUUAAACUACGAGACCGUUAUUGAUGAGAUCCUCAAGUACAAUAACUGCUUUCAGAAGGAACAAGGACGUCAAGCAAAGACUCUUUGUGAUAUAAUAUUAAGUAUAACAGUGGAACGUGAGAAUUUUUUACAGUAUUGGCCACUUUUAGAGAAGAUGUUCGGGUUUUUUGAAGGAAAACUUGAUUUUGAAGUGGUUAAUAAAAUCAUCAGUGCUUGCAUGAAUGAUGACGUCUCAUACGAGUUGGUUGACAAUGUGUACAAGAAACUGUUGAAAACUGACUUGGUUGAUCAGGAGCAGUUACCCGCAUCGCUUUUGUUAAUGUUCGUUGAGACGAUGCGUGUGAAAGCCGAGGAAAAAAUCGCCAAAGCGGAAUCACCUGUAAAACAAGUAAAUAUCAAUGAAAUGAUGUUAAGAGACCUAUUUACGCAAUGCACCAAUGCUGAAGAACUCAGUAAUUUCUUACAUGAUCACUGCAGAGAUGAAGAUUUCCAGGCGAUGAGUAUUCGAACAGUUGACGAUAUUUUGAAGAAAGAAUUAUCAAUGAAAAACAAUAUAAACGUACAUAUGAUGUUUUUUAAAGAUUCUGUGUGUAAUAGUAUGCUUGGUGAAGUCAGUGUUGAGCUGCGCCGGCUUUUGAUGGUGCUUGCUCUUCACUUGGUGACUUUCAUGAGACAACAUCAAUAUAAUAACGAUUUUUCCUAUGGAAUUUCUGCUGAUUUGUUAGGUCUUUUCGAGGAGCACUUUGAAGAAUUGCAUUGCACUCAGGUUUACUUUCCUGACUACGAGGACGAUUGUCUAAGGAGUGUUUUGAUAUUUUCCCGACUCAUUCACGGCAAAAAUUUUCCUCUGGCUUUACGAUGGAUAAAAACGAAAGGAUUUGUUAUUCCCAGCGAGGACAUGAAGUUAGCGUUCAGUUGGUUCUUCACCAACUUGCGGCAACUUUUUAAUGGAAUGUACGCAUCGGGAAAUUUCGAUGAAUGCAAAAAUCUAAUUGUUUUAUUGAUGAAUCAUGGUUUUGACGUGGAGGGUCAAAAGGUAAAACACAACUGGAGUAUGUUCGAUUAUUAUCGGACUUUUAUCAAGCAGAAAAUCUUGCCAUGGCGGAACAACGAAAGAGAUCUGAUUGCCGACGCGCAUGAAUCUAUAUUUAAAUUUUAUAAGCAUAUUGAGUUGAGCGACUUGAGAAAUAUAUUAGUAUUGUUGUAUCUGAAAGAGAAUUGGAGUCUGCUGCCCAAAUCGGCGGAAAUUCUCCACUUUUGUCAGGAUUUUUACAAACAAAAUGAGGAAACUAUUUUUUACAAUGCGCAUUUGUCAAUAACUGAAAUUCAGCUGGUUACGCACAUUUUCUUCUAUAAAAUGCUCAGGCGUAAUCAAUGUGCUAUGCCCAUAACAGCAGAGUACGGAGAGUUGCCAAACGGGGAUGUUCCCAACGUGCCAUUUGUGAAAACCAGCGGGGUGUGGGACACUGAAAGAUCGCUGGCGAAGCGCGUUAACUACGCACUGAUCAAAUUCACACCGGGUUCAAUCUCGAAAUUCAACGGCACUUUUCAGGUUGAUUAUGUGAAACACUUACUGGAACAGAUUCGUCGACGUGUGCACCCUCUCUGAGGCACAAAUAAUGCUAAAGAAUUUCACAUAUUGUUCAUUUUAAGUUUAAGUUAUCUUAUAUUUGAUAUGAAAUAUAUUUUGCGUUACAUUUUUAUAAA